AUGCCAGGUUACGAUUCGCAGUACUCUCCGUCACUGCUGAAAAUGGAACGCUCACGAGCGUAUGGCGGCGGCCGAAAACGAAUCUCAUUGAGCAACAUCCUUGGCGACCCCUUUGCUCUGGCAACUAUAUCGAUUUCUCUCCUCGCGUGGUUCAUCACCUUCAUUUCGUGCAUCAUCGCCCAGAUCCAGACCAACAGCACGCCUCUGGACUUGAACCCCGACGGCAAAUUUCCGCCCUUUGCCUGGUGGGCUGUUGUCUAUAGUUUGUUCCUGGUCCUUGGCGUCUUCGUCGUUGUCGCCAGCGACUCCAUCCAGACGUACCAUGUUGCCGUCACGGGUUAUCUAGCCAGCGGUCUGGUCCUGGUCACGUCCGGAGUCAACGCCCUCGUGUACUCCAAGAACGGAGCCAGAGAAGCCGCAGCGGCUGGCUUCAUUCUCUUAUCCAUGGUGGUCGUUGUGUGGAUCUUCUACUUUGGCUCGACCCCGUCCUCCACCCCUCGAGCAUUUCUCGACUCUUUUGCGCUGGCCAAGGAAUCAAGCAUCGUUCACAGCCAAGCCAUGAACGGCUACGGCGGUACCGCUCGUCCCGAGACGUCUAAUUCGGUCCAACCACCGCAAAUGUACACGUCGGCCCAGCUCAAUGGCUUUGAAAACCCGUCUCCCGUCGGUGGCGCCUCCCAACCGUCCCCAGCAGCAAGCAUGCCCGUGUAUGGUGCCAGCACGGUGCAGACAGCCAGCACAAAACCUCCCGGCAACGUCAACGGCAACGACGAAGAGGUCCUCCCACCAUCCGAAUACCCUUACCAGGCCAAGGCAAUCUACAGUUACGAGGCGAACCCCGCCGACGCAAACGAGAUUUCCUUUAACAAGCACGAAAUCCUCGACGUGUCUGAUGUCAGCGGUCGAUGGUGGCAGGCACGGAGACGUGGCACGGGCGAGACUGGCAUUGCGCCAAGCAACUACCUCAUUCUCUUAUGA